AUGGCAGCAAAUCUAGCUGUCGCUUGCAGACAGCGCCCUUUCAGCCGGUGCGCCCGCGCUAUAAGCAGCUCCGCUUGUUCCCCAACUGUCGCUGUAUUGUUCCAGGCCAUCGAUCCGCCUGUCAUUAAUGGCGUGCGCAAACCUCGCAAGCCUGGAGGAUACCAGGACUCUGGAGCGGAUAUUGCCUAUGCCCUGCGACAAAAGGGCUUAUGGGUCCUCACUCCCAAUCCAUCGCCAUCGGAUUCCUCUCACGAAGGCUGGUCCUUCCCCGAUACAGAAGAGGGAAUCUACUCCGCCGUUCAGCAAGGCGCUACUCAUCUCUGGGCAAAUACUAUCCUGUUUGCUUCACACCCUCUGCAGACGUUCAGCCGAUUGACUCCUCUGGCGUCCGAUCUCUACGUCGUUGGGCAACCGCCCGGCUUGGUCGAGAACUUCGAUGACAAGGCUUUCUUGAACAACAAACUGCGCGAACUUUGUGGACUCACCUUGCCUCGUGCGUGGAUGGUUGACCCUGAUAAUGUCCGCCAGAUCGUCAAUCAGAUCGAUCGUUAUCCGAUCGUGGGGAAAGCGUUACUACAACAUGCCGAAGCCUUACUCGCAGAAUCUCCGCUGAUCAUGCUCGAGGAGUUUCUUACGGGGGAGGAGGCGACUAUCACCCUCAUGCCGCCGACGCCUUCUCACCGGGACUACUGGAGUAUGGUGCCAGUGAUGCGCUUCAAUCAUGCGGACGGUAUUGCUCCAUAUAAUGGGGUGAUGGCGGUCACUGCCAAUUCUCGCGUGGUGUCGGAGGACGAAAUGAAAGAUCCUGCGUACAAUAAGGUCAUGCGACAGUGCGAAGGGGUCUCCAGACUGAUUGGUGCCACUGCGCCGAUUCGGGUAGAUGUGCGACGGUCCCGAGAGGGUUCGGAAUUCGCUCUGUUCGAUAUCAAUAUGAAGCCAAAUAUGACCGCAUCAGCUAUGGGCUGGGACUAUGGCACGCUGUUGCAGCAUAUUCUGGAAGGCGCCCAACCCCUGGGGCAAUUCCGCAACUACCGCAGUCCAUUUUAG